AUGAAGUCACCUCUUUUCGAUCCCAACGCAAUUAAAACCGAUUAUACAACGCCAAAAAUGACGAGGAGCCUCUCGAAAGAACAACUUCGCUAUGAGGCUCAUUCUCCCUUUAUGACUCUCUUAGAAAUGAGUGUCGGGCCUUUAAUUUAUAUGCUUGGCAUUGCAAUACAUGAUGCCAUUGAUUUGCUUUUAAUCUCAAAAGCUUUUACCGAAACUGAAGUAACUAUUGUAGGCUUUGCAACAACAAUUAGAUAUCUUUGCAUGUCUGUUGCUAUAUAUUUCAGCCAAGCAUGUGUCGCCAAAACAAGCGCACUUAUAGGAGCAGAUAGAUUUUCGUUUGCAGCCCAAGUUACAGCUGAUCUUUAUCGUCUUGCGUUUGUAUCUUCAAUAAUUAUUCCAGUCAUCUUUUACUUUAUAUCAGAUCCUUUACUACGAUUCAUGGGAUGCACACCUGCAAUGUCCAAAGAAGCUUGCAGUUACUUAAUCCCUAUUUUAUGUUUAAUGCCACUAAUUUCGACAUUUCAACUUUCAUGUGGAACACUACAAUCAGAAGGUCGUUCAAUACUCUCUGGGCUGAUGCAACUUACUGCAUUUGCUCUUAAUUGCGGAGUUUUUGGCCCUGCUUUACUCUUUGGGCUUAAAAUUCCGUUUAAAUACGCCGGAUUUUCAUUUGCAAUAUCUCAAGCAUUACCAGGAAUUGUUCUUUCGUUACUUAUUUUCAGCGGAAAAUUAAAUGAUUAUAUUAAAUGGGGAAAUUUAGUCAAAAAACCAAUUAAAGAAACAUACGAUAGUCUUAAAAUAGCUUCUCCAUACAUUCUAAACGUUAUUGCUGGCGUUUUUCCUCCUCUUAUUCUUAUCAAUUUGAUGAUGAACGCUGCAUCCAAACAAGGAAUCACACAAUACUGCGGACCAGUCUACUCAAUCUUUCUCAAGCUACAACCACUCGUAAAUUGCUUCUCAAUCUCCUUUGGACAAGGAAUGUUGGGAACAGGAAGCUACGCGCACGGAUCAGGCAAUGAUAAUCGAUUAUUACAUAUAUAUUAUAGCACAUUUGGCCUUACUUUGAUAUUCCAGCUUGUUUUGUUACCAAUUAUUGUAUUUUUCCCCAGAUAUGUGGCAAAAAUUUGGUUGAGGGACUCGAAGUCACUUGAUUUGAGUGUAAAAAUGCUUCCAAUUCCGUUUUAUACUAAUUGGACAACAGCAAUUAACGAAUCUGUAACAGCACUUUUACAAUGCUUGAGUUACUCGAAAACCGCCAUAUCUCCAAGUUUAACAAGAGGUGCUUUUUAUAUUAUAUACUCUUUUGCUAUUUAUUACUUGACAAACAAAGAUGACUGCGUUAAAAUGAUGUAUGUUUACUGCGCAAAUGAUUUAACAAUCUUAUUGUUAGAUCUCAUCAUUUGGAUCAAACCAAUCAGGAAAUUAACUCGCAAAAAGCCAAAUACUGAUUCAAUGGCAAGUGUUUGA